GUAUUUGCUCAGAUCUAGAGUAAUCAAAAUGUCGGAGGAAAACAUUGCUGUUAAUCCAGAGAAAUCAGCCGUGGAUGAGAGGGUUGACAAGUUGGAAGCAACGAUGCAAACUAUGGCUGCUACUCUUCAGACCAUUAGUAUCACUUUGUCCACUUUGACUACUGGUUCGGCUCUUUCACCUACAUCCUUAGUACCCACAAUACCAGUCCCACCUGUCCCUAUCCCAUCAUCUACCAUUACACUGGGUAAUCGUGCCAAGGAUCCCAUGGUCACACAAUUACAGUUUCCACCUAUUUAUGAGAAUCAGCUUCUAAUGGGGGAGUCAUCUUCACAUGCUCCACAAAUAUCAUGCCCACCACUUGAGAUGAACAACCCAACCUUGCCCACAACCAUAUCACCUUUGAUGGGACAAGUGCCAGCUACUCAACCCACCCCUUCGGUUGAGAUGUUGAGGCCCGUUUUAGAAGACGGGAGAUCAAGGGAGGUUGAUCACAAGUUGCAACAAUUAGAGGAGGCAUUGAAAGCGAUGCAAGGGCCACAGUCUUAUGGUUCUAUUGAUUUGGAUGAUCUCUGCUACUAUUCGGGAAUCCAGACAAAUUUCAAGUUCAAACAGCCGGAUUUUGACAAAUAUGAUGGCUCGGGUUGUCCCUAUGCCCACCUGCAGAUGUACGCCAGGAAAAUGGCACCUUAUGCUAAUGAUGAGAGGGUGCUCAUUCAUUACUUUCAAGACAGUCUGUCAGGCCCAGCAAGCAUUUGGUUCUCCAUUCUUGACAAGAAGAAGAUUUGGACUUUUAAGGAUGUGUCUCAAGCUUUCAUGAAGCAGUACGAGUAUAAUAUCAGUUUAGCUCCUACAAGGGAUAGCUUGCAGAGAGUCACCAAGAAGGGUAAUGAGACUUUUAAGGAGUUUGCUCAACGGUGGAGAUCCGAGGCAGCUAAAGUCCUUCCACCUCUCAGCGACAAUGAAAUUUGCUCUCUCUUUAUCAAGUCAACUACUGGGACUUUCCGUGCAUGGUUAGCUCCUUGUGUGGGGUACACUUUUGCUCAAUUAGUGAUAGCAGGGGAACAAAUUGAAGAUGGACUGAAGGCAGGUAUUAUUAUGGAUUUUCAAACCAUUCAAAGGCAAUUAGAGCAAGCCAAGAUGGGAAGCUCUGGAUCUACUUCAAAGAAGUUUGCACCCAAGGGGAAGAAAGAGGAUGAGGAAAACUUUGAGUCACAUCUUCACUAUGAAGUGCUGAAACAGUUAGUUGCAGUGGGAUUGAUGGAGACAGUGCAAGAAAACCCUAUUUGGCCACCUUAUCCGUUUUGGUAUGAUCCACAAGUUAGGUGCGAAUAUCACAAUGUGGUGGGUCAUGGUACCGAAUAUUGUGCAACUUUGAAACAUAGGAUUCAAGAUCUCAUCGAUGAAGGUAAACUUCAGCUUGAUGCUAAGGAGGCUAAGGGUACUCCAAACAUCACUCAGAAUCCUCUACCUCCACAUGGGCCACCCACCAUGAAUAUGGUUGCCUUUGAUGAAGUCGAUAGACCUGUGUUGAAGAAUGUCAGUUCUUGGUCUUUUGAUGAGUUGUUUGCCAUUUUGAUAGAGUAUGAUCUGAUUCAGCCGAUCGCACCAAUGAGCUUGAAUGUUUUGCCGGUAAUGAUUGGUGAAGUUGUGGUGUGUCCUUAUCACUCUAAUAUGAAGGGGCAUGCUUUGCAAGAUUGCAAAGAUUUCCAAAGAAAGAUCAAAGAGCUGCAAGGAAUGGGAAUUUUGAAGUUUACAUCUACCCAAGAGGUAGAGAAAUUCAUAGCACCGGUGAUCGAAGAAUACUUCACUAAGGAGAGGCCUUACAUUUUGCAAGACACUACAAGAGCACAAGUCAUCAGUCAGAAUUCACGGCAAUCUUAUGUUUUGAAAACCUCUCUUAGUGAGUCAUUCAUGGGAAAGACAUCAUCUGUGGUUACACCUCAACACUCUACCAUCUUGAAUUCCACAGCUAAUGAUGUGUCCAAUAUGACCCGUAGUGGUCGGUGCUAUAUGAGUCCCGAAGUGGAAGAAUCGAGAAGGGCCGCCUUGAAGUCAAAAGGCAUCAGAAUUGAAGAGAUACCAAAAGAAUCACCCAAGAAGCUAGUGUCAGAAAAUGAAGUUACAGAAUUUCUGAAUAUUUUGAGGAAGAGUGAGUAUAGCAUCAUUGAACAGCUCAACAAAACUCCUGCAAAAAUUUCUAUUUUAGAAUUAAUGCUAUCAUCUGAGGUUCAUCUUGAUGCAUUGCUCAGAGUCUUGAAAGAGGCCUAUAUGCCUAAGAAUAUUGAUACUCAAAAGUUUGGGACUGUGGUUGGGGCAAUUUUAGCUCCAAACUAUAUUAAUUUCACAGAUGAUGAGAUUCCUGAUGAAGGAAAUGGACAUACCAAGGCUCUCCAUAUUUCAGUUCAGUGUAGAAUGAUGAAUGUGCCUCAUGUGUUGAUUGAUAAUGGGUCAGCUUUGAAUGUGAUUCCUAUGAUGGUCUUGAAGCAACUGAAGGUGGAUGAGUCUCACAUUAAUCAGUGCAAUACAGUGGUCCGUGCUUUUGAUGGAACAAAGAGGAAUGUGAUUGGAAAGAUUGAGCUUCCAAUGGAAAUUGGUCCUAUGACUUUUGAUGUGGAUUUCUUCGUCAUGGAUAUUUCUCCCGCUUUUAAUAUGCUUCUUGGGAGGCCUUGGAUACAUGUCGCCGAAGCAGCUACAACCAUUCCUUACUUGGGAGUUGAUCCGGGAACUUAUGAAUCCUCUUAUCACUCAAUGGAGUGUGCUGUUGCUUCUUAUAUUCACCCGAGGUUCAGAGGGAAAAGGGUUGAAAUGGCUAAACCUACCAAAGUUGCUGCAAGAAUCAUGCUUUCAUGUCAUUAUCAGUUGGGAGAAGGUUUGGGAUUGAAUGGACAAGGAAUUCUUGAGCCUAUUGAAGUAAUUCAAACUUGGGGCACUUUUGGUUUGGGAUACAAACCGAAGAAGGAAGAUUGGCAGAGAAUGCGCGCUAUUAAAGCGGAGAAACGCCUUGCUAGACUUCAAGGGAGAAAUCCAAGGGAUGAACCAAUGUGGGUGCCGCACAUUAGAGUCACAUUUCCACGACCUGCUGAGAUUUUGUGCCCUUCUUUUGAUGGAUAUGUGGUAAAGCAUAUGGAUGUUUUAUAUGUAGAUCUAGAGGGUACUGUUUUCAUUGACAGAUUGCUUGAAAUCGGGGAAUGUUCAAAACAAGCAAAAUUUGAGGAAGUGGUGGUGGAAGAUAUCACCGAUGAAGUCUGUUCUGAUGAUGAGGAAGAUAGUUUUGGCUUCAACAACCUCUUUGGGCUAGCCAACAUGACAGAUCCUAAGGAAAGGUGGAGAAGGAUGCUCGCUGAAAGGGCAUUUAUGGAAAAGCACCCCAACUUCCAACUCAUUCAUCAUGCAAAAGCUCCAAUGGGUUCACAUGAGUCUGUGCUCCUUGAAACAGUGAAAGAAGAAUCACUAUGUGACUCAUGGGGAAAUUUGACUAUAAAUGCUCUAGAUGAGGAAGGAUUGGAAUUUGAUAGGGGAAUUUCUCUGGUCAAUGGAAGCUCUCAAGCUAAUUGGGCAGCGAAACUUCUCCCUGUAGCUUUCAUCUCCGAGUAAGAAGAGUCAGCCUCUAGUAGUUCUACUUGUGACUACAUGAAGGGAGGGAUUCAACAAGCACUUUUAUGUUUUCUGAAAUUUAUGUUAUCAUGCUUCUAGUAUUCCCAUGCUUUCCUUUUCAAUGAAACAUGUUGCAAUCC